AUGAAUGAACUGGUUGUACGUGCAUCUACUUACAAAUAUGAUUAUAAUGGAAAAAUGCCCCAUGAAUCCCAAAAUUUCAAGGAUGGAGGAGGAGCCCAAGUUCCAACGUCGCCACCCUCCCAAAUUUUCAAGGAUGGAGGAGGAACCGAAGUUCCAACGUUGCCACCCUUAACGGAUGACCCUAAUAAAUCUUUAGGCAUAAUAAUGAACUGUGGGAACAAUUCUUUAGAUGCAAGAAAAAACAAGGAUCAGAAUAAGAAGGAUCAGAAUGAAUCAGAUGGCACGGAUAAAAGGGACGCACUACCCGGAUCUUUUGCUGCAAAGAUUGAAUUGAUUAAUGUGAUGGACAAAUUCCUCAAUGCGUACCCAAAUGUAGUUCAAGUGUUGAAUUCAUCUUUCAAAGAUCUUAGACAUUUGCAAUAUGAAAAGAAGCAAAUGCAUGAUUAUGGGAAAAGGGAGACUCCAUUAUUAAUAGCAGCAAAGAUGGGAAUUGUUGAAAUGGUGGAGAAAAUCAUCUGCACAUUUCCGGUGGCUAUCCAGGACUUGGACUCCAAUAAGAAGAAUGUUGUGCUCUUGGCAGUUGAGAACAGACAAGCUCAGGUUUACAAUCUCUUGCUAAAAUGUAGUUACCUUAAGGAGAGCGUACUCCGUCAAGUGGAUGACCAAGGGAACAGUGCACUGCAUCUUCCUUCAAUGUUCGGGGAUCACCAGCCUUGGCACAUUCCAGGCGCAGCACUGCAAAUACAAUGGGAAAUUAAGUGGUACAAGUUUGUUAAACACUCAAUGCCACCCCAGUUCUUUGUUCGCUAUAACAAAAUGGGCGAGAACCCAAGUGAGAUCUUCACUCGUACACACCAAAAGCUGGUGAAGAGUGGCAGCAACUGGCUUAUCAAAACCUCUGAGUCGUGCUCUGUGGUCACAGCACUCAUUGCAGCAGUUGCAUUUGCAACAUCAGCAACUGUGCCAGGUGGCGCCGAUCAAGAUACCGGUGUUCCAAUUCUUGGAAGCGAGCCCGCGUUUGUUGUCUUUUCCAUCUCAUCACUAAUUGCUCUCUGCUACUCUGUCACAGCCCUGGUGUUUUUCCUGGCAAUUCUCACCUCUCGAUGCCAAGAAAAAGACUUCCAUAAAGAUUUACCAAGGAAGCUUCUGCUUGGUUUAACAUCGCUAUUCGCUUCAAUAGCUUCCAUGCUGGUUUCAUUCUGCGCUGCACAUUUUUUUCUCCUCAAAGAUAAAUUGAAAUCUGCGACCUUUCCAAUAUAUGCAGUGACGUGCUUGCCAGUAACAUUUUUUGCCUUUGCUCAGCUCACUCUUUACGGAGAUCUUAUCUGGGCCAUCCUUACAAAGGUGCCGCAGCGUAGCUACAAGGUGUUUCCUCAUUAG